UCCACUGUCAUACGCGCUUUGGCUGCUUCCGUUCGCAUCGAAAAGGAGAAAAAUAUGUUGUAAAAAAAAGAGUUUAUUUUUUCUCUCUGAUUCUUUUUUUUUUUGUUUGGAUCUCUCUCUCUGUAGAGAAGUCAGAGAUUUCGAUUCUUCCGCCAAGCUCUACUUGUCCCGAGAUCGAUUCACCGCCGGUGACCAUCGUAGUAGAGGAGCCCUAGCUGCUUCGGUAUCAUCGUCUCCGUUUCCUCAGCUGCAGUGAUUUUGGUUUUUUUUUUUGGGCUUUUCUGGUUUGUGCUCUUGCAUUCCGGUGGAUUUUUGGUAGCUGAGAAAAUUUCCGGUUCCGGGAUUUGAUUUUCCUGGAAAGUUCGUGCUGGUAGUUCUGGGUUUGGUUUGAUUAGUUGAACGUUGGGUAAGAGGAGGAGGAAAAAAAGAAGACGAUGAGGAAUUUUAUAGAUAUGAACCCAGGUUGAAGCAGAGCUCCUGCUGCAUUCGCUUACAUAGUUCUUGCUUAGCAAUCGAAAUCGAAAAGUCAUUCAUCUUUCUUCGUCUUUGCUGGAAAAUAAAUUGAAGCUGAUAGGUUUUCUUCGAGUGAGAUUUCUGGGUUUCUAGGGUUUUCUCCAUUAGGUUAAUGGCGGAGUCCGUGAGAGAGGAUAAGGGCAUUCAGAGUUUAAUGGCUGCAAGGAAGUCAUUGAAGCUGAACUUAGAGAAAUCGAAAACCCUAGGGGAAGCUCUUCAGAAGACUGCACCCAGGUUUGAUGAGAUUAUGCAGAGAUUGCCCUCCCUCGAAGCAGCAGUCCGGCCCAUCCGUGCUGAUAGAGACGCCCUUCUAGCCGUCGGUGGCCACAUUAACCGAGCUGUUGGCCCUGCCGCCGCUGUUCUUAAGGUGUUUGAUGCUGUCCAUGGUCUCGAGAAAUCUCUGUUAUCAGACCCGAAGAAUGAUCUCUCUGGCUACUUAAGGGUACUGAAGCGGCUAGAGGAAGCAUUGAAGUUUCUAGGGGACAACUCCGGGUUGGCUAUUCAAUGGUUGGAGGAUAUAGUCGAGUACUUGGAAGAUCACAAUGUUGUAGAUGAGAAGUACCUUUCUAAUCUGAAGAAAUCUCUGAAAAGCCUCCGGGGACUGCAGAACGAUGGGGGGAAAGCUCGGCUUGAUGGUGGGCUUCUAGAUGCAGCUUUAGACAAAUUGGAAAACGAGUUCCGAAGGCUUUUGUCAGAUCACAGUGUGCCCAUUCCUAUGGAAUCUCCAUCGUUGCUCGGUGAACAAGCCUGCAUUGCUCCAUCUCCAUUGCCCGUGACUGUUAUCCAUAAACUGCAAGCUAUCCUUGGAAGACUCAGAGCUAAUAACAGGCUAGACAACUGCAUUUCGAUAUACAUUGAAGUAAGGAGCGGAAAUGUUAGAGCUAGUUUGCAGGGGCUUGACUUAGAUUAUUUAGAGAUCUCGGCUUCUGAGUUCAGCGAUGUGCAGAGCAUAGAAGAGUAUAUAGCUCAGUGGGGAAAACAUUUGGAGUUUGCUGUCAAGCAUUUGUUCGAGGUGGAAUUCAAGCUCUGCAAUGAUGUUUUCGAGAGGAACGGUUCGGAUUUGUGGAUGAGUUGCUUUGCCAAGAUUGCAGCUCAGUCGGGUAUCAUCACAUUCCUUCAGUUCGGAAAAACCGUUACAGAGAGCAAGAAAGAUCCCAUCAAGCUUCUGAAGCUGUUAGAUAUCUUCUCUUCCUUGAAUAAACUUAGAGCAGAUUUCAAUCGCCUUUUUGGUGGAGCAGCAUGUAUAGAAAUCCAAAACCUUACAAGGGAUCUCAUCAAAAGAACAAUCGAUGGGGCGGCUGAAAUAUUCUGGGAGCUCCGAGUUCAGGUCGAGAUUCAGAAACAGAGCCCGCCUCCCAUUGACGGCGGUAUUCCUAGACUAAUCAGUUUCGUCACCGAUUACUGCAAUAAGCUUAUCGGGGAUAAGUACAAAUCCUCUCUGACACAGGUUUUGCUCAUACAUAAGAGUUGGAAAUCAGAGAGGUUCCAAGAGGCUGUCCUUACAGUCGAAGUUGUAAACAUCAUCAAAGCUGUGGAGCAAAAUCUGGAUGGAUGGAUGAAAGGAUACCUAGACCCGACGCUCUGCAAUCUAUUUGCCAUGAACAACCACUGGCAUUUAUACAAGAAUUUGAAGGGUACGAAAAUCGGGGAUCAAUUAGGAGAAUCGUGGUUAAAGGAACAUGAACAAUACAAGGAUUACUAUGCUACUGUCUUCCUUAGGGACACCUGGGGUAAGCUUCCGAACCACUUAAGCCGAGAAGGUCUUAUACUUUUUUCGGGUGGGCAUGCCACUGCACGUGAUCUCGUCAAGAAGAGACUCAAAGCCUUCAAUGAUGCGUUCGAUGAGAUGUACAAGAAGCAUUCCACUUGGGUCAUACCGGAAAGAGAUUUGAGAGACAGAACCUGUCAGCAGAUGGUUCAGGCCAUUAUUCCGGUUUACAGAAGCUAUAUGCAAAACUACGGUCCUCUCGUUGAGAAGGACGGGAGUUCAAGCAAGUACGCGAGAUACACAGUGCAAGCUCUCGAGAAGAUGCUCUGUUCUCUUUACAUGCCCAAACCCUUGCGGUACAGCAGCUUCAAUGGAACCCCACCGAGCGGGAAGCUCAAGAAUGAAGUAGAUCUCAGACGCACUACUUCCGCCGUUGUCUGAAGAGAGGCCAUCCUGUUCUUGCUUCGGAAGCUGAAUCUGAGAAAUGAACCGACAUAAUUCAGACGGCACCCGGAAUCUGUCCCCUGAAAACCGAGCCAGAACGAGGAAGCAGAAGAACCUCGGAUACGUACAUAGAUACCGUUCAAUCAGGUAUAGCUUUUCUCUUUUCCUUUGCUUUCUCUCCCCAUUUAGCCAUCGAUCAAAGCCUAUAUCCAUGCCAUGAGAUCAGCAGAAACUCGGUUCAUCAAAGUUGAAGAUUUCAUGUAGUGUUCGUUCAAUCAGGUUUAGAUUAUUCAUUUAAUUUAUCUGCCUAUCAGAAGAGCAAAAGCCAUAAAGCUAUGUUUCUUCUUCUGUUAGAAGAGAAAUGGCCUUGUUUGAUCUUUCUUGCUGCUGCUGUUGUCACUUCUAUGGAGUUUUGCUACUCUCCAUUGUGCUUAGAUCCUUAGUUUAAGACAAUAAAGGGAAUGCAGCCCAAAAUAAAUAAAAAAAAAACCCGGUUUUUAUCUGUUCUUCA